AUGGUUGCUGGCGAUAGCCAACCAAUCUUGAAAUCAGCUUUUGCAUCUUCUGUUGCCGUUGUCUCUAGCACAAAAAGAGCCGCUGAUUCUGAUUUUAAUUUCCGCAUUUCUAGCAUUUCCUACUUUGGCAGUCAAGUUGUGGGAUGGCCGCCUAUAAAGGCUUAUAGGAUGAACAACUUGGCUAACCAGGUAAAGAUUUUGACCUCUGAAGAAGAUGAGACAUGUGAGGAUGAUAGAUUGAAGGAUACUUCAAAGAAAAAAGUGUACAAUGGUAGCAAUAAGAACAAUACUACUGCUAUGGAAAAAGGACAUCUUGGGUUUGUUAAAGUUAACAUGGAUGGAUUGCCAAUAGGGAGGAAAGUGGAUCUAAAUGCUCACGCUUGCUAUGAGACUUUAGCCCAAGCACUAGAGGACAUGCUUGUUAAUCCAACCACGGGCAUCACUUCCAUUCGUUCGAGUGGAGAGAGUGAGCAAGCAAGAAAGGCCUCCAAGCUUUUAAAUGGAUCAUCCGAAUUUGUGCUCACUUAUGAAGAUAAGGAGGGGGACUGGAUGCUCGUAGGAGAUGUUCCUUGGGAGAUGUUCCUCAACACAGUGAAGAGGCUUAGAAUCAUGAAGACAUUGGAAGCUAAUGGACUUGCUCCAAGAUUCCAAGAAACUGAUGGUCGGCAAAGAAGAGAAGCUUGUGUGCCAUAUGUGGAGCAACGCGACAACUCGACAAACUGA